AUGCCUCACCAUGUACGGCCCUACGCUGGAUUAGAUUUAGGUACAUUACGAAUUUUCGCCUCUAACAUAUAUAUCGGGCGACGCUUCAGAAUUAAGCAGUCGGUCACCAAUUUCAUCCUCUUUCGGUUCGGCUCGCUCGAGAAGAAAAUGUAUAGGCUGCUACUUCUUGCGGUCCUCUUCAGCGCCGAUGCGGCACCAGCUCCCAAGCCCGGGUUAGUGACCUCACUGCCCUUAUACCAUGCGCCAAUCCUCGGUGUGGUCCAUGCUCCUAUAGUAUCCCACGUCAGCACACUUCAGCUGCCAUUACUCCACACGCCAGUGCUGCACACACCAUUGCUGCAUCUCCCAUGGUGG